AUGAAUACGAAAAGUUUAACAGCGCGCGUAACGCAAAUUCAAAAAAAACAACUAGUCGAGCAUAUGCGGAAAAACCGUACGCUGGCUUGUGGGCAGUUCUCUGGCCCGGAUAGCUCCAAGAGAACUAAGGAAAAGUGGGAAGAAGUUGCUGCGGAUUUAAAUGCAAUCGGGGGAGCCAAUAAAAGUGCUGAGCAGUGGAAAAGAUGUUGGAUUGAUUGGAAGGCGUCCAUAAAGCAAAAAUUUUCCGCAAUCAAAAGGUUUCAAAACCAGACGGGAAACCUUCCAAGCUGUUUAGGACCAGAGCCAUUAGAUAGUUUGGAAGAAGAAGUGGUUAACUUCAUUUUGGUAUCGGAUGUUGUUGAUGGUGAUGCCAAAACUGUGGAGGGUGGAUUCGAUAUACCUCUUGUAAUUAUAAUAUAUAUUCCUUUGAUAAAUUUUUCUCUGAAUAACAAUCUUAAAAUUUAGCCGGCGCUCGACGA